GGACACACCCCUCCCUGCAUGCGCGCGCAGUCGGCGACUGAGUGCAGGUCACGUGGAGUUGUUGAUAUCCUCGCACCGACAUCUGAACGUGAGACAAAACAAACUUCGUGGUCUGUAGGAAGACUGUGGUAACAACAUGGACUGUGGUGGUAGUGGAAGUCUUGAUGUUGUGAGUGUCGUGUAGCUGUGAACACCGACAGGUAAUAACGGCGGUCUGACAGGAAGCCACUGCGCGCCUUUCCUGUGGUGGUGAGCCGCAAUGGCCUGUGUGGUGAGGUUGGGUCGUGUCCUUCGUGGGUACACAAACAGCUCACACAGAGCGUUUCUGAGAAACAACAUCCACCCGGUUUCGUGUAAAUCGACUUUGUCAUCGUUUAAAAGAGAAGAGGACCCGUGUAAGAAGAGUUCAGAUGUCAAACCGGUCAUCAAUGAACCAACAGUUCGCAAACAUCCCAAGCUCGACCUGGAGUUUAAUUGUGCUGAGGAGGCCUACAGGAGCAAAUUCACUUCCGAACUUGUGAGAGCUCUGCUGGUGUUUAGCCUGUGUUCCAUCGAUACUCUUGUCGAUAACCAGAAGAAGUUGUUGCAAUGGUCCAGACAAAUUCUGGGCAAGCGUCUGUUCCGACUUCUUAUGCAGCAGACCUUCUAUGGUCACUUUGUGGCUGGCGAAGACCAGGAAGCUAUCAAACCUGUUGUGAUCAGGAACCAGAGUUUUGGGGUAAAGUCCAUUUUAGACUACAGUGCCGAAGAGGACAUUUUGCCUGAAGAAGCUGUAAAGGCAGAGAUGAUGAGCUGUACACCAGAAAACAACUCAUCACACAAAAUGGCAUCUGCUCAGUUUCAAGCCUACGAAGAGUUUGGUGAUCGACGAGACAAAGUCGUCAGUGCCAGGACAUAUUUCUAUGAGGAUGAAAAACACUGUGAUCAAAACAUGGAGAUAUUUCUUAACUGUAUUGAUGCUGUAUCAUAUGCCACAGAGAAAUCAGGACUUGCAGCAAUCAAACUCACAGCAUUAGGGAAACCACAGUUACUGCUUCAGAUGUCAGACGUUCUCAACACAGUGAAAAAUUUCUUUGCUCUUGUCUCCUCGACACCAUCUGGUGAUUAUGAAACAGGAGAGAGAAGGUUUGCAGUGGAAGAUUUUGAUAAGCGACUGUGCGAAAUGGGUGUCAGUUUAGCUGAGAUGGGAUCCAGAAAAUGGGUGUCCAUCCUGGACAUUUCUGGCAACAGGGAGGUGGACUUGCUGGACUGGUGCAACCUGCUUGAGAUAAACCGCAGUCUUUCAAAACUUUUUGUUGUUCCUGAUCUCAAGACAGGAAAAUUGCGACCCCUAGUGGAUUGUCUGAGUGAAAAAGAAGAGGAACAGAUGAAGAAUAUGUUGCGACGUGUCAACACUAUAGCCAAGUAUGCAUCAGAAAAGCAGGUGCGAAUCAUGGUAGAUGCAGAACAAACUUAUUUCCAGCCAGCCAUUAGCCGUCUGACGAUGGAGAUGAUGCGCAAGUUUAACAAAGAACGCAGUGUUAUUUUCAACACAUAUCAGUGUUACCUCAAGCAAGCCUUCAACAACAUAGUAGUUGAUCUUGAUCUGGCCAGGCGUGAAGACUUUUACUUUGGCGCCAAAUUGGUGAGAGGAGCAUAUAUGGAACAGGAGCGAGAGCGAGCCAAGACCAUAGGGUAUGAGGACCCCAUCAAUCCCACCUAUGAGGCCACAACAGACAUGUACCACAUGGUCAUGGAGGAAGUCAUGCGCCAGGUUAACUUGCGAGAACGAGGAAAAAUUGCAGUUAUGAUUGCCAGUCACAAUGAAAACACUGUGCGCCAUGCUGUGCAGUUGAUGAAGUAUUACAACAUUGGUCCUGAUGAUCGAUUGAUUUGUUUUGGUCAACUUCUGGGUAUGUGUGACCAUGUCAGCUUUCCUCUUGGCCAGGCAGGUUAUUCUGUUUAUAAGUACGUGCCCUUUGGCCCAGUGGAUGAAGUGUUGCCAUACCUGUCUCGCCGUGCCAUGGAAAAUCGUGGUGUCUUGGCAAAGGUACAAAAGGAAAAACAACUUUUACGUCAAGAGAUUUUUCGCAGACUACGAAAUGGGCAGUUUUUCUAUAAACCUACCCCAGUUGCACCCAUCAGCGCAGUUAGCUAAAAGACAGAUGACUUAUAAACAGUGGUGAAAACAUUACUGUUAACAACAUACUGCAUAGAAAUACCAUCAAAAAGCUUGAAUGUGGUGCUGGCUUCUCAUGUCAGUAGGACGGUCAGCAGCUGCCAUAUUGUAACAGCAAAGUAAUUACUCAGCACAAAUUUUGCUUCAAGUGUCAUUACUCAUAUCAGUCUGGCGUGUCAGAUUUUCAAAAAUAAUUUUAUAACCCUGAUCUUUUGGGUACCUUCCAAAGUGAAGCAUGUGGCACUUGCCAUCGAUAGUUUUACCCAUCUACCUCUCAUUGCCUUGUUUCCUUUGAAUAUUUUGAGUGGACAAAACUAUGGUACAAACACUGUGAUGUCUCAUAAUUCUUUUGACUAAAAAUGGAAAAGUUAUAUGUAUUAGUAGAAGCAUCUGUUAAGUGAUGCAAAGAGCAGGACAAGUGUAAGAGUUCAAUGUUAUUUAGGUCUUGCUAAUUGUCAUAUAAAUUAAAUUUUUCAUCAGUCUCUGAAUGCAAACAGCCUAUUGGUUAGUGUUUAAACUCAGAGGCAAGCACAUGAGCCCAUUCAGUACUCAUGCGAGGCAACAUAUUUCCCACAGUUGUGACCGGAUUGUUUUGAGAGCUGAUGACAGUAAGACCGUGAGAUGGGCACCACCCAUACAAAGAGCUGUCUCAUAUUCUCUGGCACUUUAAUUCCUAACAACCCUAAGAUGAUGGGACAGCCUUAUGUCCAUAGAAACAACCAGUGGUCAGAUUUAUGUAGCUAGAGGAGCUACAGGAAUGUUUCAUGUCUCAGUGUAUUUCUAUACUUUCUUUGUCAAACUGUGUAGGAGGCUGAACUCGGAGGUCUGGUUUGACAGCAAGCCAGACAAAAGGUAUAGCUGUUAGUGUGGGUCAGUGUUUUCGUCAAAUAUUUGUAUGCUCAGAUGCAGAAGUUAAAAGUACAACUAACCUCAUUUUAGUCAGCAUGCUAACAAAAUAUUUUGAACAAUUAAGAAUGUUUUUAUUUGCUGUUGACAUGUUUUCAAAGCUUGGGAAUGCCUGGAUUAAUUAAUGAGUCUCUGCAAUUGACUUUUCUCUGAAUUGAUCUCUAAAUAGGCAAUUUAUUUUCUUUAAACAAAUUUGACCUUUAUGCAGGAUACUUUUUUAAAUUUCAUCACCAUCAAGCAUAUUUAAAGUCCUUAGAGUAUUCAGUCAGAUCAGACAUGAAACAUUAAUUAGUGAAAUCAGCAGUGGUCAUUUCGUUCUCCCUUGUGACCUAGCAGCUAUGUGGCACUCUUUUUUUACUUAAUGAGUCAUUAUGUGGUUCCUAUAGAAUUUCCUCACUGAUGUCUUCUCGUGAGCUUAGACUUCUAAAGUUACAGGAUAAAGUCUUUACUCACUUUUAUAUAUAAUUUCCUUGAUCUCAUGUCCUUUUUCUAGUCUAUGCCAUUAUGCAGAAAACACUGAUGUUCUACACAACUUAUCUGGGUGGGGUUGAGGUUUAUUCUCUCAUUUUGUAUUUCUGCUGUUGCCAACAAGACCAAGCAGUUUUUAUUAUGUGCCUUGGUAUACGUUAAACGAUGAAAGGGUAAGAAGUCGUUAUGUAUGCAGAGUAACAUUUUCCUAUUUAUCCCAUUUUUUUCUGAGUUGGAGGUAAGCCUGCUGCUAUUUCUUUUUUUAAGCUUUGAUACUGCUUGGUAGUCUGUGUAGAGCAGCUUAUUCCAGAGUCAAGACCCAAGCAAUAAACCUCGUAUUUACUGGAGAAUUCAAUGUACAAAAAGUUGUGAAAGCUCACACAACUCAGGCCUAAACAUUCUGGAGUAGUUUUAUUCCUUAGCUUGAAAUCAUAGUGAACUGCAGUGAAACGAAUCUUGCCUUCACUAGACGUGCAAUGGCCUGGUAGCAAUAAGGGAUUACACAAACCUGUAACGGACUCCACGACAAAGUACUCAUUAAUAAUUUACGUAAUUCAGUUGAAUUAUUGAAACUGCUCAAAUCUUUAUCUUACACUAAUUUAAAGUUAUAUUGAAUCUCAAUGUCAUAAAGCAGAUUUAUAAUCUGUUAUUGAAAAGUCUACAUUUUAAAACUAAAACAAGUGAUAUUACAUGGUGAAUUAUUUGUGCAUUGCUAUUUUUUGGUGAAUCUCAAUAUAUGCAACUUGUUAAUCUCAAACAGCAUUUUUAUCUUCCCUGUUCACAAACUACACCCUCUUAAGAGCUUUCUUCCUAUACUUGUCAUGAUCGACUUCAACAAAAGUGAACAUUAAACUUUUUGUAGACCUAACAAUUUGUACAUAUAAUCUGAGUAGUAGACACCAUAUUAAAAAAAACCCCGAAUAUUGCGGUUGACAAGUGCCUUAAGUUUUCUUUGCAUUUUAAUGUCAUUUGGUCAGAUUUGAUAAAUUAGAUUUCAUGGCACUUUGCUUCCCACACACCCCACCUAAACCUUUGAACAAAUGCAAAUUCUUAAUCUGCCUGUAGGGAAAAUAGGUGAAGUUACUUCUCUCCAGGUGAUCUCUCCAAGUCAUCUAACCACCUACUCUCACUGUGCCUGUAGUUAGUAAAAUCCAACUGUAUAUGCUAUUCUGCUUGUUUAUCAGUUGAGACAUGUCAGUCGUAAUACUAGCAAGUCUGUGAAAUAAUUAAAUGAAGCCAGCAAGCAACCUGUAUGAAACAUUGCUGCAAAAUGUAACCUUGCAACAAGCUUUAGGUUCUGUGAUAACACUCCAAGAGAACUGUUUGAAAAACUUUGUAUAGUUUACAAAAAAUGUUUUAAAAAAAUAGCACAAUCAAACGGACAAAAGAAUAGGCUCAUACAAAGACUGUUUUUUGGGCAGCAAGACCUUUGUUCAGUCUGCCAGUAUGAUCAGUUUUAAGCAUAUUGAUGAUGGCACAAUCAAAAUGGGGAAAAGAGUUAUUUACAAAAAUGAAUUUGGCAUGCACACACACUUCAUGGAAUUUGUUUUUGAAAAAUAAAAGCAUUUAAACAGUUAAAUGCUUGGAGCCACUCGAACAAAUGUAUGUGGUAGAUAUGGUGUCCUAUAUUCAAUAAUUAUACAAUAUUUACAAUACUGUGUUUAUAGUACAGAAUCUGUGGAAGGUAGUUACAAAUAAAAGUUUAAAAAUGAUA